GUCUGUGUGUGUGUGUGUGUGUUGCACCAAUGAGGUGUGUUGUGUUGGUUGUGUUAUGUGUGCUGUGCGGCGCGGAUUUGUGGGGCUGGGUUUCUAGCGUUUCCAGCAAGGCUAUAUAAACCGUUUCCAGUGACUGAAGUUGGUUUCCAGCAGGUGUAAGUAGUUGUAACCUUCAUCUAAACACAUCUGUCAGUCACAAUGACCCAGGACCAGGUGCCAGAUGAGAUCAAGGUCAAAACUGCCUUCAAAGGCGAGUUCUACAUCACCUACAUCAGCCCCGACAUGAAGUUCGAGGCGCUGGUGGGCGAGAUUAAGGACACGUGCCGGUUCCCGCCCGACGCACGGUUCACCGUCAAAUGGGUCGACGAGGAAGGGGACCCGUGCACAUUGUCCACCCAGGAGGAGCUCCAGGAGGCCAUCCGACUGUACGAGGUCAACAAGGACUCGGAGAUCACCAUUCACGUGUUUCCCGGUGUGCCGCCCGCCCCGGGGAUGCCAUGCGCCGGUGAAGACCGAAGCAUAUAUCGGCGCGGCGCCCGGCGAUGGAGGAAACUGUACAAGGUCAAUGGCCAUAUCUUCCAGGCGAAACGCUUCAACCGGAGCGCCGCCUGUGCCUACUGCCAAGACCGGAUUUGGGGCCUGGGACGGCAGGGCUUCAAGUGCACCCAGUGUAAGCUGCUCAUCCAUAAAAAGUGUCACAAGCUACUGAAGAAGAAAUGCACGGGCGAGCCGGUGGCGCCGACACACCUGGUGACUGACUCCGCUAACGGCGAGCGGGAUGUGCCUUCACCCGAGGCGGACAGUGUGGUGCCGCCCACCAGCGCGCACAUUCCUGUGCCGAUCGAGGACACGCUGCCACCCCCGUCCGCCGCCACAGAAGUGGUCAGCGUCGACGCGCCGUCGGCAGAUCUGGAGCCGGGAGGUCAGCGGCAGUACUCGCUGGCAGACUUCGAGCUGAUCCGCGUCAUCGGACGCGGCAGCUACGCCAAGGUGCUGAUGGUCGAGCUGAAGCGCACCAAGCGCGUCUACGCUAUGAAGGUCAUCAAGAAGGAGCUGGUGACGGACGACGAGGACAUUGAUUGGGUGCAGACCGAGAAGCACGUGUUCGAGACGGCCUCCAACCACCCGUUCCUGGUCGGACUGCACUCGUGCUUCCAGAGUCCCAGCCGGCUCUUCUUUGUUAUCGAGUUUGUUCGCGGCGGCGACCUGAUGUUCCACAUGCAGCGGCAGAGGAAGCUGCCCGAGGAGCACGCCAAGUUCUACACGGCCGAGAUCUGCCUGGCGCUCAACUUCCUGCACGAGAGAGGCAUAAUAUACCGCGACCUGAAGCUGGACAACGUGCUGAUCGACCACGAGGGCCACAUCAAGCUGACCGACUACGGCAUGUGCAAGGAGGGCAUCCGCCAGGGCGACUCGACGUCCACCUUCUGCGGCACGCCCAACUACAUUGCACCAGAGAUCCUGCGCGGAGAGGACUAUGGGUUCAGUGUCGACUGGUGGGCGCUCGGAGUGCUCAUGUAUGAGAUGCUGGCCGGAAGGAGUCCGUUCGACAUCGGCGUCUGCUCCGAGUCGCCCGACCAGAACACCGAGGACUACCUCUUCCAAGUGAUUCUGGAGAAGACGAUCCGCAUCCCUCGGUCGCUCUCCGUGAAGGCGUGCAGCAUCCUGAAGGGAUUCCUCAACAAGAACCCCGGCGAGCGGCUGGGCUGCCACCCGGAGACCGGCUUCCAGGACAUCGUCAACCACCCCUUCUUCAAGUCCAUCGACUGGGAACUGCUCGAACAGAAGCAGGUGACCCCGCCGUAUAAGCCCCGCGUGGAGACGGAGAGAGAUUUGGCCAACUUCCCGCCAGAGUUCACCGAUGAACCCGUCCAGCUGACCCCCGACGAUCGGAAAGUGAUCGACAAGAUCGACCAGAGCGAGUUCGAGGGGUUCGAGUACGUGAACCCGCUGCUCAUGUCGAUGGAGGACUGCGUCUAGCGUCGUGCGCCGCGCGCGGACGGAGACGGGGACGGCACCGGCGGGCGACACGACGGGGCCGGCCGGCCGGCGGCCUGCCACAAAUCGGACGAGCGAGAAUUGGACGGCGGCGGGCGGUGAUCGGACGCCCCGGGCCGCCGCCGUCGGCCAGAGACGGCGCCCGGGCCGUUUUAGCCUUUUACACUGCGACGCGAUUCCUUUAGACCCGUUGAUUUUUACAUGAAGUGCGCGCCCGGGCCGGCCGGGUGGGAAAUCUGUUACGGAUGGUGUUGGCGUGUUGGUAUUGGCGUGUCGGUGCGAGCCGUGGCUCCGGCGCCGAUCGUGUUAUGCCUAUGGACGUGCAGCGUCGGCGGGUGCUCAGUAAUGGUGCGAGAAAUGGAGGUACCUCUCUCUGUUUCGUCACGAUCAAAUUGUCCGACUACGGCAGCUAAUAGCGCACGCCGCUCCUGAUCAUUCCAAUGUGUAUACAUAUUAGUUAAGUUUGAUUAAGUGAGGCUUUUCCGGAUAGCUGCAUUCCACUAACUGCGUAGGUGUUUGAGAAAUUGUCUCACUAAAUUCCUCUAUAUUUAUGAUAGCGGCUCUUAGGCUAAAGCUUUUUUAUCUAGGCUGGUUAUAGUUGUCAUGUGUGAAUGCGCGAAAUGGCACUAUUGUGCUGGGCUUUUUUGCCCACGUGUUUCUACUUAGUCCAUACGCUCGCGGCGCGCCGCGGUGCGUGCCUGCGGCGGCGGCGGCGGGCAGGGGCAGCUGUGGCGCGCCCCGGCGGUGCCGCUGUCUCAAAUCGCUCCGGUCGGCAGACACUGGCGGCCGGCGCCGUGCGCUUCUCGGCGUCUGGGCAAGGUGAUCAAUAAAUCUUUUAUGAAUU